AAAAUAACACAUAUGGUGAAGAUUGUAAGCAGAUAUGUGGAGCUUGUAAAGAUAAAGAACAAUGCCACCACAUCAAUGGUUCAUGUUUUGGAGGUUGUGACACUGGGUAUCAAGGAACAUUUUGUAAAACAGAGUGUUUGAAUGGAACAUUUGGAGAAAAUUGUGAAAGGAAUUGUAGUGAAAAGUGUCUUGAGCCUUAUAAAUGCAAGAAAGUAACUGGGGAAUGUGAAAAAGGUUGCCAACCUGGAUGGAGGGGAUCGAAAUGCAACCUAGAAUGCACAAACAAAAGAUAUGGAGUAAACUGUAGUAUGCAGUGUGGUAACUGUAAAAAUUCAGUAAAAUGCAAUCAAAUUGAUGGUUCUUGUCCAGAAGGAUGUUCAAGAGGAUAUACAAAUAAAGAUUGUAAAAUGAAAUGUAGGUCAGGGACAUAUGAUUUUGAAUGCAAGAAAAACUGUAGCACGCAAUGCUUUAAUGCUACCUGUAAUCCAAUCAACGGAUUUUGCAGGAAGGUUACGGCGUUUUCAAUGAAGGAUAACAAAAAUGACAAUAUGGGAGCAGUUGUUGGUGGAGUAUCAGGAUCACUCGGUGUUUGUUUGGUUGCAGUGAUAGUAAUCAUAAUAUUGAGAAGACAACGACAAAAAAAGAAUAAUAACGGGUGUGAGGAAAAGACAGACAGACCAAAACGUCCGAAAAAGAAAUUUCUUGAAACCAAAUUUUCAACAAUUGACACAACACCGUCAUCUUCAUCCGGGAGAGAAAAUGACAAAAGUAAAAGAAACAUUGAGAAACCCUCAGCACGCCAUGAAUUGCACGUUGAGCCUGAUGUAGAUGAUGAUGAGAAAAUUCACGCCGAAAAUCCAUAUGGGGAUUUCUACGCCAAUGAAACGAUAAUACGAGACAUAUCAAUUAAUGAUCUGGAGAGCAUUAUUGUUGAGAAAAGAAUGAAUGACGAUGAUGGGUUUCAAAGAGAAUACGCGACGCUACCUUAUGGAGAGAGAUACAAGUGCGAUGCGGGGAAAAGACAAGAGAAUUUGAUAAAAAAUAGAUAUAAAACCACAUUCCCAUACGACCACUCAAUAGUCAAAUUGAGGUCAACUACUGGAUCAGAUUACAUCAACGCAAAUUAUAUUGAGGGUGCACAAAAUGAAAAGCAAUACAUUGCUGCGCAAGGACCAAAACAGAAUACGGUUGCUGAUUUCUGGACCAUGGUUUGGCAGGAACACGUGAAAAUUAUUGUAAUAUUGACUAAUCUCAAGGAAGGGAAUAAGACAAAAUGCACUCAGUACUGGCCGGAUGCAAACAAACACAUCAACUACGGCAUUGUGUCUGUUAAAACUGUUGAGGAAAAAAUGUACGCAUUCUACAACAUUCGUAAAAUGAACGUUAACCACAAGGAGACGAAAACUUCACGUGUGGUGACCCAGUUUCAUUAUACUACCUGGCCAGACCACGGAACCCCGGAUCCCCUCUGUCUUGUUGUUUUCCUUGAUCACGUAACCAGGAUAGGAAGUUAUCAGAACUCUCCGACUCUUGUACACUGCAGUGCGGGUAUAGGAAGAACGGGGACGUAUAUAGCAAUAGAUGUCUUGAAUGAAAUUGGAAGCAAGACAGGAAGAAUCAAUGUUGCAGAAUAUGUCAAAAAAAUGAGGAAAAACAGGAUGAAUAUGGUCCAAACCUAUGAGCAAUACAUGACCAUUUUUCUUGCUUUGAAUGAAAUAUUUAAAUCAACAGUGAAAACUAUUAGCAUUGAGGAAUUUACUAAAAAGUCUGAAACCAUGACAAUAGACAAACCAGCCAACCAGAGUGUUCUGCGGAAAGAAUUUCAGCUUUUAAUGAAGAUACGACCUGUAUACAACAAUGAUGCCUACAAACUUGCCAGAGAGGGUUGUGGAGGAAUAUGCCGCAACAGUCUUUUGCCCCUUGAUAGAUACAGCGUUCAUCUUACCUCUGUUGUGCCGAAGCGAGGACAGUUCAUUAACGCAAUAGCUGUUCCAUCAUACACCAACAGCAGAACUUUUAUAGUGACGCAUUAUCCAUCGUUAGAGGACGCUGUUGAUUUCUUGCGCCUGCUCAAUGACCAUGAAUCUGACACAGUCAUCUGUAUGGAUCCUGUAAACAAGAUUGACUCGGAAAGGGCAUGGUUUCCGAAUCCAUAUUCUUCCAAAACAAUGCAACCCUUUACAGUCCAAUUCCAAUCUAGAUCUGAAAAUGACGUCAUCAGUACCACUGUUCACAUUCUAGAGAAAAAUAAUGAAGAGGAAGCUCAUCCAGUGACAAUAAUAGAACCAAAGGUCAGCAUAAAAACAUCCGGAAUUCCUCUUGACACUUCUCAACUUCGGAGUCUUGUUUCAACAACACUGAACAUUGAGACGGAAAACCCUAUCACUAUUGUCAGCAGUGAUGGUGCAACAUUAUGUGGAGUUUUCUGUGCUGUACACAAUGCGAUACAACAGAUCAACAUGGACGACAAUGUGGAUAUCUUCACUUCCGUCAGACAACUUCAAGUUAGAAGACCAGCGUUUUGUUCCAAUCUUGAUGAAUAUCGGCUGGCGAUAAAAGCAGUUUAUGAUCAUAUUCAAAGCAGUGGCACGAGUAUAUACUACAAUCAAUGAGAAGACAAAUUUCUAAGGUGGCCGACAAGUGAACAAUUUAUCUCGGCAUAAUUAUACCGGGAUUACCUUUUAUUUAGACAGUUAUAAAUUAUUGAUGCAACUUGUCAAAAUAUAGUUUGAAAAUGUGUUUUGACGUCAAAUGUAUUAAAUGAGAAUUACAGUAUC